CUCUAUAGCACACUCCUCGCCAUCACCGCCCUUGCAGGUAGCGCAGCAGCGCACUACAAGCUCCUCGCGCCAACAUGGCGUGGUGACUCUUUCGAGGAGCCAGCCAGCCAGUGGAUCUUCCCUUGUGCCAACGUCAACGAGACCACCGAUAUCGUCAACCGCACCCAAUGGCCCCUGACCGGCGGCUCCGUCAGUAUCAACGGCUCGCACAGCUCUGCCCUCACUUAUGUGAAUCUCGGUCUCGGCACCAAUGUCACGAACUUCAACAUCUCGCUUGUUGAGAACAUCAACCAGACUGGCGCCGGCGUGUUCUGCCUGAAGGAAGCUGGACGCGCAAACCUUGAGGCGGGGUUGAAGGCUGCUGGAUACAGUGGAUUCCAGGAUGAGAGGUUCAAUGGCUUGGAGGCUAGCGUGCAGGUCAUUCAGCUGGGUCACUCGGGCAGUGCGCUCUACAACUGCGCGGAUAUCGUGUUCAACUCGACUGCUCAGCUUCUUGCUGAUGACCAAUGCGUAAAUGGCACCGGUGUCAGCGCUCAGCACAUCGGUAACCUUCAACAAUCCUCUACCAACAGCACGAACACCAGCAGUGGUGCGACACCAUCUGCGAGCACAGGUGCGGGAAGUAUGCUGACGCCAAUGGCUGGCAGUGGACUGCUUGCUGGACUGUUGGCUUGGGGUAUGUUGUAG